AUGGAGGAAAGGAGGUCCUGCGGUCAGAGGUGGCCCUUCCAAAACCUCCUCAGGUGUUCCUGAGAAUCGUCCUCAUCAUUCAGCAUCGCCUCAGGGCUGCCAGCCCAGAAAACGCUUCAGCCAGAAGCGAGAAGAGCAGAGCGCAAUUCCCACUGACAAUCCUUCCUCUUCCAAUUGGCUCGAUACAACCCUGCGCGCAUAAAACCCUUAUUAUGCUUACUUUAUGGUUAAUCCUUUCUAAUGCCUUCCUAGGAAGGAUUAGAUAGAGUUGUUUAGAAAGCUAAUCAGUAAUUUCAGAUUGCCACGUGGGAGCAGCCGAGCACACACAGGAAGCGUUGCCUUCCUCAAUGCACACAAUGAUUCCGUGCUCAGCAGGUACCACGUUUGGUCUUUGAGAAGAAAACAGCAGCUACACUUCACUGUACCACUCAGAAAUGAAGACAAAAAUAAGUGCCUAUAUCUCAUUUGUUAUAAGUAGAAUGUAAUUGUUUUACUGGAUGAUUUGGAAAACAAGGGUAGACUGCAAAAUGAGCUUACAGACAAAAUAAUUUCUCCUUGUUCUAGAAGAAGCUUGCUGUAGGCUAGACAAAGGUUCCCUUGAUAAACAAACGGCACAAUAAACAGCUGAACUUUUUUCCUCCACAGGGAGUCUCACUUCUUUUAAACUGUGAGAAGUCUGCAUUGGUUUACUUAUUCCUACUGACAAAUAGCUUUUAAGUGCCUCUCUGUGAUUUUACAUGCCAAAAUUGUCAAAUAUAAUGCUACCUUCAGCACACAGUGCUGCUUGAUCAACAGUAAAUAGGUAAAAAGGGAAUUCUGUGCAGUGCAAAUGGAAGAGGCAUGCCAGUCUGCAAUCACAAAACCCCUACCUUGUGCUUAGCCAGGAACAGAGGAGGUCAGCUUGCUUAGCCAUUGUGUUGGGCUGAAAUAGGUUAAUAUACCAUCAGCUAGCGGACAUUUGAUUUUAGAACAUCUGUUGCUAAAGCAACAGCUAGGAACAUAAAUGUUUUAGGAAACCUCAGCACUACGCUAGAUGAAUUAAGAGGCAGAAUAAUAGCUAUGUAUUUUUUUUCCCUCUCUCCCCACCCCCACUACUGGAACUCCCUUGCUUUUCAGAGCAUCGACUGACAGAAGUUCCUGGUUUGAAAAAAAUGAUUUAAAUGAGUGUGAAAAAACAUGGAGCUUGCUACUGAGGAACAUCAGUCAAGAUUUACAAUGCACAAGUUGGCAAACAGUGCCCUAUUUUCCAGAGUUCUUCAGAAAGUAUGUCCAGCUUUGUUUUUAGUGUAUGGAUUUGUUCUGAAGACAUUGUGGGUAUGUCACAGAGCUCUGAGGAAGAGAGUCUACAAAACCAAGAAGUUUUCAAAGUUGGAAUGAAAGACUUCCACUGGACAUCAUUUCCAGCCUUUCACAGGGAACAGAAUUUUAAACCAGAAGAUUUUAGCUCCCCUCAGCUAAUAGAAACACAGAUGGAGCAUUUACAUGAAGAAUGGGACCAAGAAGAUGAACUGAAAAGUUUACCUUCUACAUCUGAGCAAAGAUGCUGUAAAACUAAUACAGAUCCAAAAAACAUGGCCUGGGAAGACACGAGAGGUUUUUCCAAGGCAGAUACAGAUCUCAAGCCAUCUAAAGACACUCAGCAUAAAACUUCUACAUGCUACCUGGCAUCGUCACAAAGAGCUGUAAAAGCUCCAAGCGUUCAACAGCAUUGCAGAGGGACUGUGCAGAACAGCAAGGAGAACAGAAAACAAGAGAAAAGAGAGCUUCAAGCACAAAUGCAUCAAAGCAGUACUUCAUUUGGUGAGACCAGAAGCGCGCCUGCAGAAAGGAAACCUCUGGGGAGCAUGGCUGGAAAUGAGAGCUGCAAGGAGAAUUCUGGACAUCAGAGUGAAGGAUCUUCAACUCUUGACAGCUGCCCAAUGUGUCUGAUUCGUUUCAAUGAAACGCUGUCACAAUUGGAUAUCGAUGGCCAUCUUGCUAGAUGCUUAUCUGAAAGCACAGACGAUAUCGUGUGGUAGAUCCAGAAUAAUGAAGAGCAAAGGGACAAAGUCAAGUAUGAACCUUUCUCUAAGGAGGAGGAAAGAUGUGUCAAGGAAACAUGUCCUUGUCUCAAACUUCCUGAAAUAUCAUCUGUCAGGAACUGAGAAGGUCAAGUGCCACCUGCCUGUUGUUUGGGAUGGUUUUAAGUCCUCCCAUACGUAACCAAAAUAGCUGAGACAAGCACGUGCAGCUGCCUUCACGGAACGUGAAAGAGCACAGCAGACCAGUAUCUGAACUUCUGUCUCAGCAAACCUUUCUUCUGGACCUCAAGAGCCAGCAGUUCAGAUGCGAGCCAAGUCCAUUGAAUAAACAGACUACAGCAUUGAAGUACAGGCAUAAUUCUGCAGGUUUUUUAAUUUACAAUAAGGUCGCUUUAAAAAGUGCAAGUUGGACAUAGCUCAGUUUACUGAUAAAUAAUAACAAUUAACUUUUUCAUUAAAGUCUUUAAUAGAUGUGCAAGAAUAUAAAUGAUCUUAGCUGUUAUGGAUUAGUAUACCAUCUUCUGCACAAAUAAAACUGGUCAAAGAUCCCAACUAAUUAAUUAUACAAAACUACAAGAACAUAUUUACUGUUUUACAAUCAUUAUAUUAGCUAGAAUUUUCAUUUACUAUUUCAAAUAAGACAACUAUAUAUCAUAACCAGAUCCAUUUGCAAUAUAUUAGGAUUUUUUUAAACCACACAUUACAUCCUUCAUUUUCUUUUAUUUAUAAAACAAGUACUUUAUAUAAAAAAUUUCCCCUUCAUUAUGAACAGAACAUUAUUCAUACACUUGCACAUGAGCAACCAAACUUGUAUCCAGCAAACUAUUUGGCAACACAGCAACAUUGUAAAUGCCUGUAAGUUUUUAAAUAAAUCAAGUAUUCUUUACAAUGUU